AUGGUAGAGCCACCCGCAAACGUGGAUGCCGCCGUGAAUACCCCAGUUGUGGUUGAUUCAAACGAUGAUGGAACAGUCGCCCAGGAACUGGAAUUAGAGCAUAUGAGGAGUACAUUGGAAGAGGAGAUUGUGGAAACGCGUAGUACGCCUCUCGAAAAUCGACCGCGACUUCCCCGCAUAGCCCUAAACAAGCGGAAUCGGGCUGUCGUGAGGGCUCUGAACCCAAUGCUGGUGACCUAUUUGGAAGCCAGCCGGGACCUUUGCGAGACGGACUCAAUUCUUUUUGGCGCCGCGCUGGCAGUCUCCCGUAUCAUAGGCGCCAAGGUUUCCACGGCUGGACGCGCUACUGGCCAUAGUAGCGCUAUCCCAGCAUGGAGAAGAAGAAUUGAGGAACGUAUCGCAAAGGCUAGAGCUCUCAUCGGCAGACUGAUAUGCUUCAGAUCAGGCAACAACAGGCCAAGAAUUGUGCGCACCGUCAGGAUGGCGUUUGCUGGGACAAAUGUCAGUUUGUCCCAGCCGGAUAUAACGCAAAAACUGACGGAGCGCAUAGAUGAUCUGAAGCAGAGAAUCGCUGCUUGGGGAAAGCGGAUUCGGCGAUAUACCGAGAGGUCGACACGGUUCAACCAGAAUCGUCUCUUCCAGAGUGAUCAGAAGAGGCCCUAUGAAUCAUUGGAGCGACCAAUGGUAAGUGGAACGGGUCCAGCACCGAAUCAGGCCGACACUGUAGCAUUCUGGCGCGGCCUGUGGUCAGAGCCCGUAAACCACAGCGAGGGCCCUUGGACGGAAGUUGUGGCGAGUCAGUGUGCGGGUAUUACGCCCAUGGACCCCGUCAUCAUAACGCCGGAUGACGUAGCUGAGGCGGUCCGUAGGGCCCCGAACUGGAAAAGUCCGGGGCUUGACGGGCUGCAUCACUACUGGCUGAAGAGGUUCAUGAGCAAAACCUGGCAGACCGAGUUCGGUAUAUCUUGCGCUCAAAUAUAUUUGAUGUCGCCGAACUCGAACGGCUACGACGUGAGGCUGUUCCCUCGUCGGAAUGAGAAUGCUACGGCUGAGGAUGCGGCGCCACAAAUGAUAGAGCCACCCGCAAACGUGGAUGCCGCCGUGAAUACCCCAGUUGUGGUUGAUUCAAACGAUGAUGGAACAGUCGCCCAGGAACUGGAAUUAGAGCAUAUGAGGAGUACAUUGGAAGAGGAGAUUGUGGAAACGCUUAGUACGCCUCUCGAAAAUCGACCGCGACUUCCCCGCAUAGCCCUAAGCAAGCGGAAUCGGGCUGUCGUGAGGGCUCUGAACCCAAUGCUGGUGACCUAUUUGGAAGCCAGCCGGGACCUUUGCGAGACGGACUCAAUUCUUUUUGGCGCCGCGCUGGCAGUCUCCCGUAUCAUAGGCGCCAAGGUUUCCACGGCUGGACGCGCUACUGGCCAUAGUAGCGCUAUCCCAGCAUGGAGAAGAAGAAUUGAGGAACGUAUCGCAAGGGCUAGAGCUCUCAUUGGCAGACUGAUAUGCUUCAGAUCAGGCAACAACAGGCCAAGAAUUGUGCGCACCGUCAGGAUGGCGUUUGCUGGGACAAAUGUCAGUUUGUCCCAGCCGGAUAUAACGCAAAAACUGACGGAGCGCAUAGAUGAUCUGAAGCAGAGAAUCGCUGCUUGGGGAAAGCGGAUUCGGCGAUAUACCGAGAGGUCGACACGGUUCAACCAGAAUCGUCUCUUCCAGAGUGAUCAGAAGAGGCCCUAUGAAUCAUUGGAGCGACCAAUGGUAAGUGGAACGGGUCCAGCACCGAAUCAGGCCGACACUGUAGCAUUCUGGCGCGGCCUGUGGUCAGAGCCCGUAAACCACAGCGAGGGCCCUUGGACGGAAGUUGUGGCGAGUCAGUGUGCGGGUAUUACGCCCAUGGACCCCGUCAUCAUAACGCCGGAUGACGUAGCUGAGGCGGUCCGUAGGGCCCCGAACUGGAAAAGUCCGGGGCUUGACGGGCUGCAUCACUACUGGCUGAAGAGGUUCAUGGUGUGUCACUCUGUGCUUGCCCGACAGUUUCAAGAGGCUCUCAACCAGAAGUCGCUCCCAAGCCUCUUCACUACUGGGAUCACUCAUUUGGUUCCUAAAGACCAGGCUUCCAGCGAGGCGGAAUAUGAUAAAAGGCUAGCACAAAUCCGGAGGGAAGCCGCAGUAACUAUUUACGAUAUUUCAUCACGUAAUAAAACAAAGUUUGAGGAUAUCAUCAACUCUAUUGUUAACUAUUUAAAUGAGUAUGAAAACAACUAUUCGGAUUGUUUGAAGCAUCUAAAUGACAACAACACUGUAAAGACAACGUGGACAUUUUGGAAUUCGAUGUUUUAUGCAGGAACAAUUUUCACAACAAUAGAUCUUUUCGUUAAUCCCAAUGGCAAAUCGAAUAUUCUGCAAGCAACGAAUGCAAAAGUUGCUGUGUUUGACCUUUGA